AUGGACAAUUGUCUAUUUAUACCUAAGGCUGGUAGGAAGGACUACGCCUUACCAAAGUCCUUUAGACCUAUAAACCUUUCUUCCUUCCUUCUGAAGACAUUGGAAAAGGUUAUAGAUAGAUAUAUUAGGGAUGUAGUUCUAGCUAGGCCUAUAAACUACAACCAAAGUGUUAUUGACAGGGUCGAAAAAGCGCAGGAGGAUAAAGAAAUAGCUCUUUGUGCCUUUCUAGACAUUGAGGGCGCCUUCGACAGUAGCCCUACAUCACUGCUGGUUGGGGGCCUGACACCUAAAAAUGUUGACCCCACAUCCAUCAGGUGGGUGAAGUCGAUGCUCUCAAACAGAAAGGCAAAAAUAGAGCCGUUUCAAACCUCGAUUGAGAUUGCAACUACAAGAGGCUGUCCACAAGGUGGUGUUUUAUCACCCCUCUUUUGGACUUUUGCAAGUUGA